GUCGUCGUCGAGCUGCCGCCGCCGCUGCUGCUGUGCAGUUUUAAUAAAUAAUAAUAAUAAUAAUAAGUGUCAUGUCAGUCACGUGAUUCAGAAGAAAACAUUUUCCUAUACUUAAUAUUUUUACGGAAAAUUUCUACAAAUUAGUUAGUUAAAUCAAUAAUCAUGGAGGUGAACAAAAAGUACGACAAUCCGAGCCCGAGACUGUCGGCCGGCGCACUCAGCAAACUGACGUUCUGCUGGCUCAACAAGCUGUUUUGGUAUGGAAGAAAGCACGACCUCGAGUUCAAGGAUCUGCACAACACGCUGCCGGCCGAUCUGAGCGAGCCGCUCGGCGACCGACUGGAGAAAUUUUGGAAGGAAGAGGUGGACGAGGCGCAGGCAAGCAGCGGCAGCAGGAAAAAGAAGAGGAAGAGGCCGAGCCUCGCCAGGGCCAUAAGGAGGACCUUCGGUUGGAGCUUUUUUUACUACGCGGCUCACAUACUGUUUCUUACGGUCGUCGUGAGAGUCGUGCAGCCGCUGACCCUCGGCAUCCUCAUCUACCACUUCGAUCCGUGCUCCACCACGACGGCCAGCCAAGCCUACCUGCUCGCCUCCGGGGUCGUCCUCAUGGCCCUGCUCCAAGCCCUCGUCGGCCAUCACUCCAACUUCGGCCAGUUCGAGAUCGGCAUGCGUCUGCGUAUCGCCUGCUCCGCCCUCGUCUAUCGCAAGAUCACUCGCCUGUCGAGCUCGGCCUCGGCCCAGGCCAGCGGCGGCGGCGCCGUCGUCAAUCUCCUCUCGAACGACGUGGCCCGCUUCGAGCAGCUGUUCUACUGCGCCCACUACAUCUGGGUGAUGCCGCUGCAGGCCUCGGUCAUAGCCUACCUGAUCUGGCGUCACGUCGGCUGGGCGGCUCUGGCCGGCGUCUGUCUCAUGACCCUGCAGACGAUCCCUGUGCAGGCCUACUGCGGUCGACUCACGUCGCGCUUGAGGGCCAAGGUGGCGGCGCGCACCGACGAGCGUGUCCUGCUGAUGGCCGAGAUCAUCGGCGGCAUACGCGUCAUCAAGAUGUACACGUGGGAGCGGCCGUUCGAGCGACUCGUGUCGGCGGCGCGCAAGCACGAGGUCGGCGUGCUGCUCGUCUCGUCCUAUCUCAAGGGCGUGAAUCUGGCCUCGUUCGUCUUCACCGAGCGCACGACCCUCUACGUGACGAUACUGGCCUACGUGCUGCAGGGCAACAAUCACGUCACGGCCGACAAGGUCUUCACCAUGGCCCAGUACUUCAACAUACUGCAGCUGACGAUGGCGAUAUUUUUCCCGCGCGCCGUGCAGUGCGCCGCCGAGGCCAAGGUGUCCGUCAGCCGGAUCGAGGAUUUCUUGCUGCUCGACGAGGUGGAGCCUCGACCGGCCGUCGACGACGAUACCAACAACUGCAGCGAAGGUAUCUUAAUCAAGGACGUGAACGCCACCUGGUCCAGUCGAUCGAUCGUCAACGCGCUGCACGAGGUCAGCCUCGCAGUGCCCCGCGGCCGACUGUACGCCGUCGUCGGGCCCGUGGGCUCGGGCAAGAGCUCCCUGCUCAAGCUCGUGCUCGGCGAGUUGCGCGCCAGUCGCGGCCGCUGCCAGACCCAGAGCCGGCUCGUGUCCUACGCCUCGCAGGAGCCCUGGCUGUUCGGCGGCUCGGUGCGAGCCAACAUACUGUUCGGCGAGGCGUACGACGAGGCGCGCUAUCGCGAGGUGCUGCGCUGCUGCGCCCUCGUGAAGGACCUGGACCAGUUGCCGCACGGCGACAGGACGCUGCUGGGUGAUCGGGGCGCCGGAUUGAGCGGAGGACAGAAGGCCAGGAUCAAUCUGGCCAGGGCGGUGUAUCGCCGGGCGGACGUGUACCUGCUGGACGAUCCGCUGUCGGCGGUGGACGCGCACGUGAGCAAGAGCCUGUUCGAGGAGUGCGUGAGGGGCUUUCUCGGCGACAAGACGAGGCUGCUGGUGACCCAUCAGGUGCAGUACCUGAAGCACGUCGACGGCAUCGUGCUGCUCAAUAACGGCAGGGUCGAGUUCAACGGAACCUACGACGAGUUCAACAAGGACGAGCGCUACCUCCAUCUGAUCCCUACAGCCGAGGAGUUGCAAGAGUCCCGAGCUGCCUCCGAGGAAACGGACGAAACGAUGGACCCCGCCAACGGCCAAGCGGCGCCGCUCGCCGCGGUCAAGCAGCCUAAUUCGAACGCGGAGAACGACGAGGCCGAGCCCGAAGAGACCGAGGAGCUCGUGGCCAAGGGUCAGCUGGCCAAGUCCCUGUAUCUCAAAUACUUUCGCGCGGGUGGCUCGUUCUUCUCCCUCUUUCUGCUCGUCGUCUGCUUCGUGCUGGCUCAGGUCUUCAGCAGCGGCUGCGAUUACUGGGUCGGCUACUGGACCAGAAGCGAGGAGGAUCGUCUGCGUGGCUACGUGAACGCCACCAACGCCUCGCAGUGCUCGCUCGACGAUCUGCCUGUCGCCUGGGCGGACGACGACGACGAUCGCUCCAAUUCGAGUUAUCUGCGGAACGACGUGGCGCUGUACGUCUACACGUUCUUCAUCGUCGGCAGCAUCGUCUGGUCGACGGCCAAGAAUCUUCUCUUCUACAAGAUCUGCAUGGACGCCAGUCAGAAUCUGCACGACUCGAUGUUCGCCAGGCUGCUGCGCGCCCCCGCGCGCUUCUUCGAUCUCAACGCCUCGGGCAGGAUACUGAAUCGAUUCUCGAAAGACACAGGGGCGGUGGACGAGAUACUGCCCAUGGCCAUGCUCGAGGCGCUGCAGAUCUUCUCGGUGAUGAUCGGUAUAAUGGCGCAGGUGCUGCUGGUCAACUGGUGGACGGUAUUUCCCAUGCUGGUAAUGGGAUGCCUGUACUGGCAGCUAAGGAACGUCUACGUCGCGACGGUUCAGGACAUCAAGAGGCUCGAAGGAAAUGCAAAAAGUCCGGUAUUCUCGCACGCCAACACGUCUCUGGCGGGUCUGCUCACCAUACGCUCCUGCCGUGCCGAGAAGAUGGUGUCUCGCGCCUUCGACCAUCACCAGGACGCCCACACCUCGGCCUACUUCCUCAUUCUCGCCACGUCCACUGCCUUCGGCUUCUGGCUGGACAUCGUGUCGAUCGCGUUCGUCGCCUUCGUCACCUACAGCUUCGUCGUCGUCAAGAGCCACGGCGGCAUUAUUACCGGAUCCGACUCCGAUCAACCGUACGCCGGCAACGUCGGCCUGGCCAUAUCGCAGUCGCUGAUACUCUGCGGCAUGCUGCAGUACGGCAUGCGACAGACCGCCGAGAUGGUCGCCCACAUGACCAGCGUCGAGAGAAUGAUACAGUUCACGGAGCUGGAGCAGGAGGGCCCGUUCGAGACGCCGGAGUCGGAACGACCGGACAAGGAUUGGCCGUCGAAGGGCCGGGUGGAGUUCAAGAACGUGUGGUUGAGAUACUCCGAGGAGGACGAGCCCGUGCUGAAAAAUCUCAACUUCGUCGUGGAGGCCGGCACCAAAGUGGGAAUAGUCGGCCGCACCGGGGCAGGCAAGUCCUCGCUGAUCUCGGCCCUGUUCCGUCUCGCCCCGGUGGACGGCCGCGUCCUCGUGGACCAGCUGGACAGUCAGCGCGUCGGUCUGCGCGAGUUGCGCGGCUGCAUCUCCAUCAUACCGCAGGAGCCGAUGCUGUUCUCGUCCACGCUGCGCGACAACAUCGACCCGUUCCGCGAGCACGACGACGCCAGCCUGUGGUCGGCGCUGCGCGACGUCGAGCUCGAUCGCCACUUCCUGUCGCUCGAGCAGCGGAUCGAGCGCGGCGGCGGCAAUCUCAGCGCCGGCCAGCGACAGCUGCUCUGCCUGGCGCGGGCCAUCGUCAGGCGCAACAGGAUCCUCGUGCUGGACGAGGCGACGGCCAACGUCGACCCGGCGACGGACGCGCUGAUUCAGGCGAGCAUCCGGGCCAAGUUCGCCGAGUGCACGGUGCUGACCAUAGCCCACAGACUGAACACGGUGAUGGACAGCGACCGGGUGCUGGUGAUGGAGGCGGGCGAGGCCGUGGAGUACGGCCACGCGCACGAGCUGCUCCAGAGGAAGGAGGAGGAAGGAGGUUACUUCGCCAGGAUGGUGCAGCAGACGGGCAACGCCAUGGCUGCUCAUUUGAAGAAUAUCGCCAGACAGGCCUACGAAACUCACCAUCAAACGGACCAAGAGGAUUCGGUAAACGAAUCCCAAAAAUGAAAGUGCUUCGUAUAUUUUUUAUAGACACGAAAUGCUAGUUUUAUUUAUAGAAAAAAAAUGAACUUUUGAUACUCAAUUAUUCAGAUGAACACUGUGUGAUUAUAUGGAUAGACUUAAGCUUCAGAUAUCAGUUGAUCUGAAUGAAGUGGGAUCAAUAUAGCGAGUACUGGAGCUCUCGGAACUUGCAAAAAUAUUUUUUGAAGUGCAAAGAUAAUAAUUUAUAC